AUGCUGCAACUGGGCAUAAUUCGCCCGUCCGAGAGUCCAUGGGCGUCCCCACUGCACAUGGUGCCCAAGGCAACAUCAGGCGACUGGCGGCCCUGUGGUGACUAUCGCGCCCUCAACAAUGCGACCAUCCCGGAUCGUUAUCCCGUCCCUCAUCUUCAAGAUUUUGCUGGAGCUCUCUUCGGCAAAUCGGUUUUCUCGAAGAUUGACCUUGUUCGGGCCUUCCAUCAGAUUCCUGUCGCUCCUGAGGAUGUUCCCAAAACUGCCGUCACCACACCAUUCGGCCUGUUCGAAUUUAUUCGCAUGAAUUUUGGUCUUCGCAAUGCUGCCCAAACAUUUCAGAGGUUCAUUGAUCGAGUCCUACGUGGUCUCCCGUUUGUGUACGCCUGCAUCGAUGACCUCUUGGUGGCCAGUCGAAAUGCCGAGGAACACAAAGAGCAUCUUGCCUUAGUGUUUGACCGCCUCGAUCAGUUUGGCGUGGUCAUUAGAUAG